UUUCAAAUGUUGCUACAUUAUGUGCACUUAUUUAACGUCAGAGAAUUAAAAUGGUGAUAAAAUGUCCAUGUAUCCUUCUAUUUUGGACAUUACUUUUUACAUUCACAAAUACCUACUUUUUCCCACAUAAAGAUCUGCAAGCUGUCUGUGGCUUUAAAGGAUAUGUACACACCUCUUUUGAUUCCAAAUGCUCCGCCAAUGCUACUAUUACGUUUCUAUUCCCUACCGAGUUUUGGAAACUCUUAGGCCACCAAACCGCCAUCUUUGAAGUUUGGACAACGCAACACCAACAAUGGAACAUCAGUUGUUUACAAACAUCAUUGAAGAAGUGCGAGACAGAAGUUCAAGUGCGCCAUCCAGUUACAAAUGGAUUGUUGGAAAUAAUGGUUCUUCUAUCCCCAGGAGGUUUUCCUUGUUCUGUUUUGGAAUUGCAUUCUUACGAAAGGUGCUUCCCCACAGAGCCAUUGACAACAUCCCCUGCUGUCCUAACAGGUGAUGGUGGUUCAUAUCCCAAUGAACAGCUAGAGUAUGGUUUAUCCAUCGUCGGCAUCGUGGUUUGUUGUGCUAUAUUGGUUUGGAUUGUUAGGACUCGGUUGCGCCAUAGAAGAAACGCAAAGGAAGUUAUGUCAGAUUUGAGAGUAGUUUUAUUGGAACUUUCCGAAGAAGACUCAAUGAACUCUGGGAACGAAUCUUACCCCCUGUCAAAAGCAAGUUCUUUAACAAUGGAAAUGUUCAAAGCACAACUUGAUAAUUUCUGCCAAUUAACAGUGGUUAAUUCUGACAAUGCUGAGAACUUGUACAGGAAUGUAAGUGAUGUCCAAAAUUUACUUCGUUCCAACGACGCAUUUAUCAUAGUUCCGGAUACAAGAAUGGCGCCAAUCGAAGAGGAGUUAUCGGCCCCUGAUGGACAAGUGGCAAUCAGGAUGUUGUAUCUCUUGAGUGACAGGGGGAAUAACUGCGCUUUUGUGCGCUUCAGUAAUAACAAUUCUGUGCAUCUGAUCUUGAGAGAAAAAUACAUCCAUCUGUCGAGUGUACCCGUUUUUACCUUUAGUGACUUGCCAAAAAAAUACUGUCAGACAAGGGAUACUGUUACAAAGUUAUUACAGCACCUUAAUAAGCACUCUAGGGAUACAAAUACAAUCAUGAUUUGAAAUAU